UAAGAAGGCAGUUCUCAAUCGCGUUUCAAGUCGGGCAGUUGAGCGGUCUAAGUAGUUAAAUAAGUCUAUAUUCCUCCGAAAUGAUAUUUUUGUGGCUCAGGUUAGGGUCCACAAUGCUGUGGGGAGUCCUUAUCUAUGUUAUCCUAAUGGAUUGCGAGGCCAGAAGCGUGGUGGACACACCUGAUAAUAAUAAUAGUGAUAACCCGGCUGACCUUCAGAUCUACUCGGACCGGAUGAAAUCCUACAUGAACCUAAGCGUGGAGCCCUGUGAAAAUUUCUACGAGUACGCCUGCGGAAAUUAUCGCAACAUGAAGCCAGAUCGGUACUUCUUGGGCAAGCGAAGCAGCUAUUACGACAUCAUUUACACAAUGAGUGGCAUCACGGAGCAGUUCCUGGACAGAAUGGAUCUGGCCCAGACGCUUAAUGUGUCCAGCGAACUGAUGGUUGCCCAACGAUUCUAUAACGCUUGCAUGGCAGCAGAUCUCUACCCAUUCCAUGCUGCCGAUCCCGCUUACUUGAGUCUUAUUCGAUCGAUCGGAGGCUUUCCCGCCGUCGAUGGUGCCGCCUGGAAUGCCUCAAACUUCAGCUGGUUUAACAUGAGCGCCCAUCUGACCAACUACGGAGCCAGUGGACUGAUCCGCGAAGCACUCUCUCCGUUGCAUCCCUUCGAGCCGUACUUCAGAGUGCCGGAUCUGGGAUUUGAUCACAUCGUUAAAGAGGAUAACAUUGCCAGCAAUACUUCUCGAGCAUAUCGGUUGAACGAGGAGCGGAUGCGCGUAUACCUUAGGGCGUUCCAAUUGCCCGAGGAUAAAAUUACAGAAGUGAUCGCCGGGGUUUUUGCCUUCUGGCGGGAUGUACUUGAAGUGCCCGCCCAGUGCCAAGAGUUUUCCUCUUCUGUGGUUGAGCGCUUGUUUCCCCAGAGCAAGCAUUUCUAUGACAUCGCCUUUGGCGGACUCCAUGCUGACAGCAAUUCGCUGUGCGUCCCCUACUACAUGGAGCUGGACAAGGUGUGCGCCCGUCAUCCUGAGGCAGUGGCAAACUAUCUGGCCAUGCAGCUGCUCUAUAAGCUCGACCCUAAGCUGAAGGCGCCCCAACAGCACAGGGAUUAUUGCACGAUAACGCUGUACAUCUCCAUGUCCUACCUUUUUAACAAGCUUUAUAUGACGGACACCUUUACUGAGGCCAAAAGGUUGGAAGUGUCUGAAAUUGUCCAGGAACUGCGGAAGAGCCUUCGAAGAUCACUUGAGGAAGCCGAUUGGUUGGAUGCGGAGACUCGAAAGGAGGCUCUGCUCAAGGAGUCCACCAUUCAGUCUCGCAUUGGGUCCCUCAAGAACAACGCUUUAACAGAUCGUAUUAUCAGCGAGAUCGGCAGCCUGAAAAUUGUCGAGGACAGCUUCGCGGAGACCAACAUUAAUGUGCAGCGUUUGGCGGUCGCCAGCGAACGGUUCAGCAGCCUCCACUUUGAGGAACUGGCGAAUGACACGAAGACACAAAAACUUUAUUUGGGGUUGCAGGUAGCGGCGAUUAACUACAGGCUGGACAACUCCAUAAACGUGAUGCCCGGUAUGCUGGAACCACCUGUGUACCAUCGCUCCUGGCCGCUCUCUCUGAAAUUCGGCACCUUGGGCUUCAUUGUGGGCCACGAACUCACCCACGGCUUCGACGUCACUGGCUCCGAUUUUGACAGUAAGUCGCAAAGUCGGUCCUGGUGGUCGGAAAAGUCGCGAAUGGCUUUUGAGGAUCGCGCCGAGUGCUUUAUAAACCACUACGGUAAGUACUUGAUACCGGAGAUCAACCGCCAUAUCGAUGGAAAACAGACAAUAGACGAGAACAUCGCCGACAAUGGGGGAUUGAGACAGGCUAUGAUGGCCUACCGCAGCCACAUGGAACAACAACUGAAGGAGCCUGGGCAGGAGAAGAUCAGCGAGCGAAUGCCGGGACUCGACCUGACGCCGGAUCAACUUUUCUUUCUGGGCUUUACGCAGGUGUAUUGCGCCGAGUACGAGGAGGAGCACUACUGGAAAGACUUGGCCGAUGAGCACACAAUCCAAAAGUACCGGAUGCUAGGUGCCCUAUCCAACAGCGAGGACUUCUUCCAGGCCUACGAUUGCCCCGUCGGAAGUGGAAUGCGGCCUGCUGCCAAAACCUGCCGCCUGUGGUAGAAAAAAAAUGUUGAAAAAUUAAAUUGUAUUGUUUACAUGCGUAAGCAUACUUCGAAAAUGAUUAUAAUUAAAAAAAUAUGAUUUUUGUUUUGCAGUUAAA